GAUGAUGAUGGGUAUCCCGUUGUUUGUAAUAAAAAUGUUUCGAUUGAUGCUGAUGAUGAUGACAACGAUUCUGAGGUUUCGAAUGAAGAUAAAGAUGAUGCUUUGGCUGAUGUUGAUGAUAUUCCUGAUAUCGAUGAGGAUGAUGAUGGUGAAGAUGAGGAUGAUGGUGAUGAUGAUGAUGAUGAUGAUGAUGAUGAUGAUGAUGACGAUGAUGAUGAUACGGAUGAUGAUGCUCCUGAUGAAGUUGAUGAUGACGAUGAUGGUGCUGCUGCUGAUGAUGAUGCUCAUAAUGACGCUGAUAAUGAUGACGAUGAUGAUGAUGAUGAUGAUGACAACGAUUCUGAUGAUUCGGAUGAAGAUAAAGAUGAUGCUUUGGCUGAUGAUGAUGGUGAUGAUGAUGAUGAUGAUGAGGUUGAUGAUACCGUUGAUGACUCGGAAGAUGAUGUUCAUGUUGAUGAUGAUAAUGACGAACAUGUUGAUGAAUAUGAUGAUGGAAUUUGUGAUGACGAUGAAUUGGAUGAUGAUGGUGAUGUGGAUGAUGAGGAUGAUGAUGAUGAUGAUUUGGGUGAUGAUGAAUGGGAUGUUGAUGAUGAUCUGGAUGAGGAUGGUUAUAAUAAUGAUUCGAAUAAUGAUGCUGAUGAUACGGAGGCUGAUGACAAAAAUGAUGAUGAUGAUGAUGAUGAUGAUGAUGAUGGUGAUGAUACCGAUGUUGAUAACGAUUUUGGUGAUUCGCAUGAAGAAAAGCAUGUUGAUUCCGCGGAUCUUGAUGCUGAUCAAGAUGAUCAUGACGAUGAUGAUGAUGAAGAUGAUGACGAUGAUGAUCAUGAUGAUGAUGAUGAUGAUGAUGAUGAUCAUUCGGAUGAUGAUGAAGAUGAUUUGGUUGUUGAUGAUGAUGAUGAUGACGAGGAAGCUGAGGAUGAUGAUGAUGACGAUGAUGUUGAUGAUGAUGAUGAUGAUGAUGGUGAUGAUUGUGAUGAUGAUGAUAAUGAUGAUGAUAUUACGGGUGAUGAUGAUGAAAAUGAUGAUGGUCAUGAUGGUGAUGAUGAUGAUUAUGUUGAUGAUGAUGAUGAGGAUGACGUCGAUGAUGACGAUGAUGAUGAUUAUGAUAAAGAGACGGAUGAUGAUACCGCUGAUCGUGAUGAUGGUCAAGAUGAUCAUGACGAGGAUGAUGAUGAAGAUGAUGAUGACCGUGAUGAUGAUGAUGAUGAUGAUGAUUAUGAUGAUCAUAAUUCGGAUGAUGAUGAUGAUGAGGACGAUGAUGGUGAUGAUGUUGACGAUGAUGAUAUUUAUGUUGAUGUUGAUGAUUCGAUUGAUGAUGAUGAUGAUUAUGAUGAUGAUCAUUUGGAUGAUGUUCAUGAUGAUGAUGGUGAAAAUUCGGAUGAUGGUGGUGAUGAUGGUGAUGAUGAAGAUGAUGUUUAAGAUGAUGAAGAUGAUUUUCCGGAGGACGACUAUUUGGAUGAUGAUGACGAUAACGAUGAUGAAGUUCAUGAUGAUGACCAGCAUGAUAAUGAUGAUGAUGCGGGAACGAUGAUGAUGAUAAACAUGAUGAUGAUUAUGAUUUGGAUGACGACGGUGAUGAUGAUGAUGAUGAUGUUGACGAUUAUGAUGGUGAUGUUUAUGAAUGAUGAUGGUUCGGAUAGAGAUGAUGAUGGAUAUUUGGUUGGUUAUGAUGAUGAUGAUGGUGAUGAUGAUGAUGAUGAUGAUUAUAAUCACGAUGAUAAUGAUGACGAUGAUGAUGAUGAUGAUGAUGAUAACGAUUCUGAUGAUUCGGAUGAAGCUAAGGAUGAUGAUUCGGCGGAAUUUGAUGAUGAUGAUUCGGAUGCUGCUGAUGAUGAUGAUGAUGAUGAUGAUGAUGUUGAUGAAGAUGAUUUUGAUGACGAUGAAGAUGAUGGUUCCGAAAAUGAUAUUCAUGAUGAUGAUGAUGAUGGUGAAGAUUAUCAUGAUUCGGUUGUUGCUGAUGAUGAUGUUAAUGGUAAUGAUGAUGGUGAUGAUGAAGAUGAUGAUCAUGAUGUGGAAGAUGUCUCGGGUGCUGGUGACGAUGACGACGAUCGUGAUGAUGAAAAUAAAGAUCACUAUAAUGAUGAAUCAGUUGAAGAUGCUGAAUAA